AUGCUGAGGUCCUUCAGGCCUCAAAGGCCUAUUUUCUCAUUGCAAGUCGCACUCUGCAACAGCCGAUUUCAUCAUCGUCAUCACCAACUAUUCCACACCAUGUCCGAACAAGAAAAGCUAAAGACAAACAACAAGCCCCGAGGGAAAUUCCGACGUCCUCCACGAAAAGAAAAGAACCCUCAGCUUACUCAUUUCCUCUGUCUACCGCUCGUGAACUCCAUCUCUCUCCCGCAGCUCGAAUCAUCUCUUGCGACAUUCAAAGCAGCUAUUCCCGCAUCACCAGUGCAGCAAGAACAAAGUCAAAAUGGUCCCCAAGAAGCCAUCGUCCAGCAAGGAAGGCCGCUCAUUCCUGACGGCGCAUUGCGACCUGUGGGGACUCUUCACCUUACCUUGGGCGUCAUGAGUCUUCCAACCAAGGAACGAUUUGAGGAAGCUUUGGAGUUCUUCCAGUCGCUGGAUCUAGUCGCAAUGAUACACGAAGCAGAGGAGAAGGCAGAAAGGAUCAAAUCAAGAAAGGGAAGGACAGAACAACCGUUGCAUCCAUCUCUUCCUGAUUCUCGUGGCGAGGGCGAGUUUGACGCUGUGCAGGAGACUAACACGGUCUCACAGACCAUGCCUCGGCCAUUCAAUGUCUCUCUUGAAUCUCUGCAUGCGCUUCCGCGAGCACGUUCUGCUACAGUGCUUCAUGCUGCGCCGGUGGAUCCUACGUCACGGUUGUAUCCUUUUUGCGAAAUGCUGCGGGAUAAGUUCCUCGAGGCUGGGUUCUUGCAAGGCGAAUAUAAAGAGUCCCCUCAGAAGCAGGUAGGACAAAGCUAUGAAGGAAUAGCAACAGAGGGAACUUCCCAGCAGGACAAGGCAAAUAAAAAGGAAGAAGGCAAGAUCGACGGAGAUGGCUCUACUGCCGCAACAGAAGAACAACCCGUAAUAGAUAAACCAUUAUGCAUCAACGAUACCGCAUCAUCCUCCCUCCUUGAAGAGUUACCAGUCACUCUCGCAGAGGAACAAUCAGCUCUAUGUCAAUCCCAACCUCCCAAACUUACUACCAAACCGAUCCACAUCCCUCCAAAACCCAAACUAAAACCCAGACCACUUUUCCUACACGCUACCGUCGUGAACACAAUAUACAUUAAAGGACGACAACGUGGAGGCGACGGUAAUGGCAAGGGUGGCCCCAAGGGCAAGAACGGGAACAAAAACAGUCGGUAUACAUUCGACGCCAGAGAUAUCCUUGAUCACUAUCGGGAUUACUACCUCGACAACCAUAGGACGACACCUCGAUCUGCGGCUAUAACAGUUGCAGGUAAUACAACACCUAGCAACGAAGCCUUACCUGCAGAAUACAUAAGUAGCUUGCGACGCGCUGGCAACCCGGAAGAACUAGACGAUGACCCGGAACAAAAGAAGAGGAAGAGAUCACCUUCUAAAUCUGACGGAUCAGGAUCAGGCGACGCCGUUAAACAUCCAUUCGUCUGGGCAAAGGAUUUCCCCUUGGAAUCCGUGUGCAUUUGUGAAAUGGGCGCAAAAAAGCUGAAUCCUGAUGAGGACGGGUUGAAUGCUCGUUUGGGAGAAAAAUACAAGGUUGUUGCGGAGAGGAGUUUGAGUUGGGACCCUAAUGUUCAGCCUGCUACUGAGGCUGUUAACCGAUACUGA